CAUUAGUCCCAACCUCGGAAAGAGCUGCUGCAGCUGGAUGGUCAUGGGGGAGCCCAGGAGAGAGGAGUAUAAAAUGCAGUCUUUUGAUGCAGCGACACAGCAGCUGCUGAAGACAGCCCUCAAAGAUCCAGGUGCCGUGGACUUGGAGAAAGUGGCCAAUGUGAUUGUGGACCAUUCUCUGCAGGACUGUGUAUUCAGCAAGGAAGCAGGACGCAUGUGCUACGCCAUCAUUCAGGCAGAGAGCAAGCAAGCAGGCCAGAGUGUCUUCCGCCGCGGACUCCUCAACCGGCUGCAGCAGGAGUACCAGGCUCGGGAGCAGCUUCGAGCCCGCUCCCUGCAGGGCUGGGUCUGCUACGUCACCUUUAUCUGCAACAUCUUUGACUACCUGAGGGUGAACAACAUGCCCAUGAUGGCCCUGGUGAACCCCGUCUACGACUGCCUCUUCCGGCUGGCCCAGCCCGACAGUCUGAGCAAGGAGGAGGAGGUGGACUGCCUGGUGCUGCAGCUGCACCGGGUCGGAGAGCAGCUGGAGAAGAUGAAUGGGCAGCGCAUGGAUGAGCUCUUUGUCCUGAUCCGGGAUGGCUUCCUGCUCCCAACCGGCCUCAGCUCCCUGGCCCAGCUGCUGCUGCUGGAGAUCAUCGAGUUCCGGGCAGCUGGCUGGAAGACGACCCCGGCCGCGCACAAGUAUUACUAUAGCGAGGUCUCUGACUAGGCCUCCAAAUCAGGCCUCCUCCUCAGCAGCACCGGCCUUUCUUCUAUCCACCUCCCAACCUGGCAGUGGAGUCUCUGCCUCUCCCAGACUUUUUCCCUUCCAGACUUUCAAAAGCGUCCGAGAUGUUUCCCACUUAGGCGGUGGUCCCGCCCUGAGCACCUUCACUCCGAUUCCAGGAUUGGGGAAGACACCAAGCACACCUGCCCCAUGGUCCCAUCAGCGUUUCUCUCCCCUCACCUUCAACCUGGGCCAGGCAAAGAAGGGCAACUCCUGACAAGCACUGCACUAUGUAACCUUUGGUACAAUAGCUAUCGUGGUGCCUCAGUUUCCCCAUCUAUAAAAUGAGUACCCGGAGCCAUUGGUGGGGGGAGAAGUAGAGUCACACCAGAAACUGCUUUUUACACAUUUUGUACAAGGACCACUUUGGAACCGAGCACGUUUCCUCCAGUUGGUUUUAAUGAAUGGCAAUACCACAUCACAUGCUACGCCAGCUCAGGAUGAGAAUUUUCUAAUAAACUUUUUCUGAUACUAAAA